AGAGCUCUCGUGCUAAAAACCAAUUUAAGCAGAAUCACAUCAACAGCAGCUCCUUGUUCUAUUAUAGUGCUGUUCCAGAUACUUUCCACAUUCGCAUUCAUACAUCCACACACGUGAAGGGGAAGUGAAGAGAAAGAAAAAAAGUGCUGUUCCGAUAUAAUCGCCACAGGAGUGAAAGAGAGAAAAUAAGCAAAAUUGAUUUUUCGCGAGAUUUCUUUUUUGCUCGUGUAGAACCACUGUUAAAUUUACCCCGAAAGUCGAUUGACAAGUGAGUUUCGCUGCGGAUUCUGCGGAUAAAAAGUGCUGAAUCGUUUGCCUACCGGUGACAUUUCAAUCAAUCAGGUAACAAAAUUAGCGAUCGUGACGGUGUGAUAUCUCCUAGCAAGAAAAUCAAUCGCCAAGUAAAAAAGUGCGAAAGUGAAAAUAGUGUGUGCGACUCAGUAAAAGCGCACCCUCGAAGUAAGGCAUUUCUUGAAAGCAAGGUAAAAGUACAGCCUCAAAAUUACUACUUCAAUCAUGACGAACAAAGUGCUAGCGGCCGUACAAGAUUUACAAAAACAAAAUGGCGAAUCGCAGAACACCGCCACGGUUGCGGCGGCUGCUGCCGCUGCCGCAGCAGCGGCUUCUGGAUCAGACACCACUCGUACCAAUUUGAUCGUGAACUAUUUGCCGCAGACAAUGACCGAGGAGGAAAUUCGUUCGCUGUUUUCCAGCGUCGGCGAGGUGGAAAGCGUCAAGCUGGUGCGCGACAAAAACGUCAUCUAUCCGGGCCAGCCGAAGGGACAAAGCUUGGGCUACGGUUUUGUCAAUUUCCACCGCUCGCAAGAUGCCGAGCAGGCAGUGAAUGUGCUGAACGGACUGCGACUGCAGAAUAAAGUGCUGAAAGUGUCGUUUGCUCGGCCCAGCUCGGAGGGCAUCAAGGGAGCCAAUCUUUACAUUUCUGGUCUGCCGAAAACCAUCACCCAAGAAGAAUUGGAAACUAUUUUUAGACCAUAUGGAGAGAUUAUUACCAGCCGUGUGCUGGUACAGGACGGGAAUGAUAAACCGAAGGGUGUUGGAUUUAUUCGGUUCGAUCAGCGCAAGGAGGCUGAGCGGGCGAUUGCUGGUUUGAAUGGAACAACCCCCAAGGGGUUGACAGACCCGAUAACGGUGAAGUUUUCGAAUACACCGGGACAAAACUCGGCGGCCAAGGUUGUGCAACCGGCCUUACCUACGUUCCUGAAUCCACAGUUAACUCGUCGGUUGGGCGCUAUUCAUCAUCCGAUCAACAAGGGCCUGGCCCGUUUCUCGCCGAUGGGUGGUGAAGUGUUGGAUAUGAUGUUACCGACCGCUCCGACUAACGGUAUCGGUGCCGUCGCUCCUUCCGGUGGAUGGAGCAUUUUCAUCUACAAUUUAGCUCCGGAGACGGAGGAAAACACACUGUGGCAACUGUUCGGCCCGUUCGGUGCCGUUCAGAAUGUCAAAAUCAUCAAGGAUGCAGCGACCAGCCAGUGCAAGGGAUACGGCUUCGUGACCAUGACGAACUACGAGGAGGCGAUGCUGGCCAUCCGGUCACUCAAUGGAUACACCCUCGGCCAACGGGUGUUACAAGUCAGCUUCAAAACCAACAAAUCAAACUCCAGUUUCGGUGAACAAUAGAACAUGUAAGUUUACUGAAACAUAGUACGGUGUCAAACUCAUCGGGACGCGCUUUUCCCUGCCGCCGCCACCGCCAGUCGCCACCACCAGUCGCCGCCCGCCGAUGGUGCAAUGCUUUCUUCACUUCUACAAACGUACAAACCUGACAGACCAACAAAUUACGAAAAAAAAAAAAUUAUCAACGAAAAGAUGGGGUGCGAUUUCGCCGCGCACCGGUGGUGUAAACCGGACCGGCCAGCGGGCUGCGCCGGGGUGGGUCGUGUGCGUCCCGCUGAGUAUGAUAUUCGUUCAACUUCAACUUCAACAUCUCACUCACAUAAUUCGACGACUGCACGGAAGACGGAACCGAAACCGAAGAAGAAGAAGAAGAAGAAGACGGGGGUGGUGCUGUGCGGGUGCGCUGCGCAUGCGGAAAAAUAUCAAAGCCAGCCGUGAAAAUCUCAACCCCUCUCUCUGUCUCUCUCGUUUGGUUAGGUUCGGUUCGAUUCGUUCGUUCGUCCGUCACUCGCGUCGAGAAAAGACCCCGAAAAUUCACAGUAAACAAAGAAGCAAAAGCACGGAGGAGGCGAACAGAAAAUUAGGGAAGAGCGCGCUGCGCGCUGCCUGGAUACAAGAGUGUUGUAGUUGUGUACGUGUAACUUGUGUUCGCCUAGUUUAGGUACUAGUCGCGCCGCGUAACCAACAUAGUAGUACUCGCGUCGCGUGUAUCUUUCUUCUGGAAUAUUUCUAAUUCAUUUUUUUGCCGUCCCGCGGUCCGUUCCGCGCUCCGCGCUUUGCUAGUGCAGUUCUAUAUUGCUGCAUGCUAAUCGUCAUCGUCGUCGUCGUCUGUCAGUCGACGCCAAUUUUUUUCUGUUGGUUAGUUCGUUCGUUCAGAGCCAACUUUGAUCUAUGUUUUUUUUUUGGACGUAGGACUACGUCAUACAGGAAGGUAAUGAAGGUAGGGUGUCAUUCCAAAAAAUCUAAAAAUGCAAGCGUCACGAAAUAACCAAUUCCGCAACCAAUUCGAAAGGUAUUUAUAUCAGUCGAUCAGAAAUCUUUCUACGAAUUAAACGAUAUAGUGAAAGCAAUUUAUGGAUGUACGUACACCUUUAAAUUGGCAUUGGAUGCAUUAGUUUUGACGUAGAACUACGUCCUACAGGAAAAAAAACAAAAAUCACGAAAGGUGAUCAAGUUAAUCGGAAGCUCGAAGAUUGAAGAGCUUGAAAUUUCCGACACGUGCUUUGGCUAAUACGGCUCUCGCACGGGUUCACGUUUUGUCGGCGUGAGCUGAGCGCAUCGCUGGCUGCUCUUCUAGUGUUUGUGUGCGCACACUAGUCGUCGAGGAGAUUAAUUAGCAACUCGAGCGCGCCCGACGCGCGGUGUUGUGCUCCUAUUUCUCGUUCGAAUCUCGACGACUAUUUACACAAAAUGCGCAGCUGGUAAAACGAUGAUAACCCGUGAAGUGAUCGGUUGCAGAAGACGGUGACGCGGCACGUUUCGCUGCGUCUUUUACCGGACCGCGGACAGCACCAGAGUCGUUGCAAUUUUGCGAUACACAAUCUGCCCGGCUGGAGAGAAGUUUUUUGGACGCUUUUUUUUUAGCUUAGCAACUUCAACAUGCUGAUGAAUUCGUGUGCGUGUGACGGGAGGGGGUAAAUCAUUUUCUUUCCAACCUUCAGAGGCUUCCUCUGGUAGGAAGCCAGUUAACAAUGCGCCAUUUUUUGUCAAAACAAAAAACAAAUAUUGAAGCAAACAGCGAACUGAAUGGCACCCGCUGUAACGUUGACGAAAACGACGAUCAAUACAACAAAAUAAAGAAAAAAAAAUGAGCGGACAGUAGAAAAUCCGCCAAGUAUGAUAAACUGAAAGAAACACGAAAAUCUAGUCAAAAGAAAAAGAAACUUUUACAAAAGCAUAGUAGGACGCCAGGAUAGGUUCUUUUACGCGUUAGUCUUAAAUGUCUCCCUAAUAUAAACAAAAACUGAAGAAACUACUAAUUACUCUUGUACUGAGAAUGUGUAUUUUGGUAACGAGUGUAAUGAAAGUGGUACUGCAAUAUUUAUUAAAAGAAACUAAAUAAACUGUAACAUACCAAUGUCGCCACAAUUUCGUUCAAUCACACAUUGCACACCAGAGCAGAGAGCAAAUACGCGAGCAGGCAAGUAAGCAAGCUAUGAUGAGAAACGAUACGAAAUAGUAAGAUUAUAUUAAUAUUCUAGGAAAAUUUUAUUUAUUUUUACAUCUUAUUUAUUGAGAGAAUGGUAAACCAAGUUUGAAAUUCAAGCGGUAACAAAAAAAAGAAUGUGCUAUGAAGAGUUGAAACAAAAAAAAAGAAACAAUGAAAGCAAAUAAUGAACAGCAAAACGACACGAACGCUGCGAAGUGUGGAAAAACGAGCAAAACGCAAAGGAUCUCAUUUUAGUGUAUAAUAUAUGUAGCGCAGCGCAUGAGACUCUGUGGUUCACAGAUUAGGAGGACAAAAAAUCCCACUCAAAGCCCACUAAAUUAGUUAAAUUGAAGGAAUAACGACAACACACAUUCACAGCAGCAGGCGAAAACGAUGGAAAAACGCGCAAACUGAACGAAGCGACACAAAACAAACGAGCAAACAAACGUACUUAGAAGCAUAAAAAAAACACGAGUAAAUCGAAUGAAUGCCACGCUGUGCGGCGUGGCUGCUGCCCAGUGGAAAGUAAGCUAGAAUCAAUAGUUUCCUACCCGCCCGGGGGUGCGGUGAAGUUGUUCUGUUUCUCACCCACACAUUCAAUUCCAAACGUCCAUUAGUCAGUUUCCUAUGGCUUCUAUGGAUGUACCAGUAGUUUUGUCCCUUUUUUAUUGGAUCGGAGUUUACCCGAAAACCCCCCAGCCCAGAGCCCACCAUCGAUCGCGUAAAUUGUUGUCUUUGUUCGAAACCAUUGCACAGAAUAUCGGCUGGCAUCGAACAUCGUUUGCGAAUUUUCCAACCCAAUUAAAUGUUUUGAACAUUGAGAAAAAAAUUGCAAUUUUUAAUCAGGCAAGCUGAGUCAAAAAACACAAGGCAAAACAAACAAGCAUAUGUACUAGUCUGAUAGUUUGGAACCUUGCUAAUUCUAGUAGAAGGAGGGAGGGGUACAUACAGUAAAGCAUAAACAAUAUUAAACCAAUAACUAAAAAAAAAGUAUGAGAGAAACAUAACAAUGUCGCACAGUAAUUUUAAGACAUGAAACAUUAAACAAGUUAUUGAUAUACACAAAACUCUAUAAGAAUGAAACCGACGUCGCAAAAGAGAAUUUAGCUACUACAAACCAUACAUACAAGAAUACUCCAACACCCUUCGUAUAUAAAUGAUUUUUUUCACUGAGACAUGUUGAUAUUAUAUAGUCAUGAUGUUAGAUUUGCAUUUUCUACUUUAUUUUCGUACUGUGUUUUGAUUUUUCUAAUCAUUAAGUUUUUUUUCCAUACACACAACACAAAAUAUAACAUCCACUUCAUGUCGAAGGUGUGGUAAAGGUUCCAAGAUUUUGCUACAUUCACUUACAAACUUCUAGUCGCCAGAGAGAGCCAGAGGGACAGUUCCGGACGCUAUUUUUACAGUCCUGAUCUGUCUCAAGCCUCUUUGCAAUUGCAAUUUGCAACAACAACCAACCAACCAACCAUUAAGUGUCGUGGAACGGCCUCAACUUACCACACAACGUCAGUGAAAAAGCAGGGGAAAAAAGAACAACCCCAAAUGCUUAACAUCCGAAUCUAUUCCAUUAAACUGUGAUACGAGCUAAGGCAGAAAAAUAACGUUUAAGAAGAGAGAGAAGAAAAAAACAAAUGCAAGAAUGUGUUGACACAUGUUUCGGCGCUCGAUUGUGUACCCCCAAGCACCGUGUGCUGCCGUAUAAUGUAUGUACGUAUAUUUUUAGUCCGCCCCACAAGCAAGCAAGCAAACAAACAAACAAGCAAGAGUAUAAUGACAUUUUUUCCAAUCUUUUUUCCCUAAAAAAAUUCCUUCUCAAACUUCUGCACUGCUGCACCGCUGCUGCUGUUCCUGCUCCAUAGAGCCGGAUCGCAGUUGGCCCUGUUUUGCGACACAGACGCAACAUCUAUUUGACAUUUGACAGGGCAGAAGCAGAAAUUCAGAGGAAAAAAAAUAAAAAGAAAAACAUACCUCUUCUUUUCUUUUUUUUUGGAGCCAAAGAGCAGGAGGAGACUUGCAUUUUUUUCUACUGCUGUGCUCUCUCUCUGUUUUGUUCUGUUGUUGCCUGUUGUUUUCAGUUUUUCUCCUUUCCUUUCCGUUCCGUUUGAUUCUUUUCCGUUCUUUUCAUUCUCCGGUUUUUAUGAUUAUGUAUACGUUCGUUCGUUUUUUCGUUUGUUUUGGUUGGUUACUUUCGUUUUCGUGUUUUUAAUUUCGAUUAACGUGCCACAGAAAAGGAAAAAAAAAGGAAACGUCACAGCACCUGGAAGAGAGAGAAAGCGAAAAAAAAAAUUUACAACCACAAAGGCAAAAGAGCUCUGUUCGCGCAGAUCAUAAAAAAGGACACACAGAGAAAACAAAAAACGAAAAUCAAUCAUUAUUUGCUUUGAGUUCAUUGUGCGUACAGCAUCCAAUUGAUCGACAGAGAAAAAAAAACAAAAUUCAUUUUAACUGAUUUAUCGUUUAGUUCGUUUAUAUUAUUAUUACGUAACGUUUAUGUUUCAGCAGUUCAACCACCACCUCCACACACACACACCACCCACACACACACAAACAAACAAGCAGGCGGUGCAUAUUAUAGUUUUCUUUUUCUUUUUAUUAUGAUUUCGGUUUUGGCAAAAAAAAAACAAUAGCCUCACACACGACAGCAGCAGGACGACGACGACGACGUCGACCCCGACGCCGACGUUUCGACGUACGGGCGCGUCGUAAUUAAUCAGAGUAGGCGCAGGCAGACAAACAGACAAAACAAACAGCGAGCUUUUUUCGUCUGUCAUCGUAAUAUCGUUUCGCGGUGAAGUUUUUUUUGUUUGUCUUUGCUCUAUUAGGCGACUCUUGUGUUAUUAUUCUUCAGUUUUAUUAUUAAUUGUUGUUUUCGUCUUCUUAGUUUCUUCUUUUUUCGUGUUUUCGACGAAACGCAAAUUAGUUUGUAAUUUUGUGUUUAGUUUAGUUCGUUCGGGUGGUUCGUCCGGCCAGACCCUGUGGAAGCGGGUAAUUUUAGAGGUUGAAAAGCCGAAAAAAAGAUAAAUUACACGUCCCGCAGGUGUUGUUAGGCGUGGAACCAUCGACAAGUAUUUUUAAGUAUCCACUUGGGUUUUAUUUUAUUCGAGCGCAUGAUUUACCACUGUUUAUUUCGAUACAUGUUUUUAUUAUUUCUUAAUUUUUUUCUUUUUGUGUGUUUUUUUUUCUUUUUUUAGGGUUUAUGUUAGAAACAAUUGAGAGUGAUGUGUGCAAUAGGAUGUGACUAUAUGAUUUCUUUCUUCUCACCUUAAUCUACCCACUCUUUAUCUUGCUUUUGCUUAGAUUUAAAAAAGAACGGUCUUUAAAAACUAGUAUAUAGUUACAGCGGAACCGACACAGAGAACAUUAUUUAUUUAAACAGAUUUUCACACUUAUUUAAAAUCAAGUUUGACUUAGCAGAACGUUAGUAUUUUAAGCAUAUUUUUGUAAAACUGUAGCGUAUUUUCACCUAUAAUUUUUCCGUAGAACCGGCAGUUUUAAUUAAGAGCCUAUUCUUAAAUUCGAAAGGUUUGCAACCUAUUCUAGAAUGCUCUAUUUUUUGAGUAUCAUUGCAAUAACGGCGGAAAGAUUAUUGUUUCAGUUCCUUAUAAACAAACCAAUUUGGAUAAAGUAAGCAGAGGAAACAUUUGCAAAAGAAUCCAGCAAGAAGUCCAAAACCAAAAGAAAAAAAAAGCAUAACAUUUGGAAACACAAAAGUACAAAGUUGCUUGAAGAAGAAAGAGGGUUAGCAUGCAUUCCUGCAAGUUUUAAACACACACUGAAAAAAUUAGACGGUUCGAGACCGCUGGAUUCUUACUGGCAAAAUGUGUGAAGCAUACCUGACAUUCUAAAAAAACCCUACAUAUUGAGCGUAAAAAAAUGAAAUAGCUUGAAAAUACCGCUGGAAAAAAAACCACCAUCGUAGCGAAAAAUCACCACAAAUUAGUCGUACAUUUUCCGUUUUGUAUCCAAACCCUGUAUGGAUUUAACUCUAUUUUGUGCAACAGUCAGUCACCAGAUACCACCUGUCAAGAGGAAAUGAAGCAACUCUUAAAACUCACUUCGAAUAUUAGAGAAUGAAACCCACGAAUCGAUAGUUAAAAAAAAACAAAACGUCAUCAAACAUUUUCACAUCGUGUAGUAGCUUUGAGUUGAAGUUUUCGUAUCAAAAAUUUCGUUUCUUUGUUUCGGCAAGCUCCAAGAAUCAGUUUUUAACAACCAACCACCACCAAAACGAAAAGCAGAUCAAAUAGUAAGCAAAUUUCCGAAAGCAUCAAUUAUGCUUUGAUUUGUCAUUAUUUAUAUUCGAAUUAAUCAAUGUAUGAUUUUAUUUUCCUGAAUAUGUUCUUGUGUAUAUAUAAAAAUUAUAAAAGCAAAACAUUAAAAUAGUAAACAAAUA